CCUAGUAUGAUGUUGAUGUGAAUAUGAGAGAGGACGGAGUUGGACUGUUUUGGACCAUUUUUAAAUUGUAUUUUCUCUUUUUCCGAAUAACAACCAUUUUAAAUUGUUAAUUGAAAUCUUAGGCAAUAAAAUUGAUUUCAAGGCAAAGGUCAGAACCGUCAAAUUCGCAGCAACCUAAGCAGAUCAAAUUCGCAGCCCUAGAUCUCGUAAUUGCUCCAAUUAAUGGAAGGAUCUCAAACACUUCAUUUUGCAUAGUUUUCAACUCAAAAACCAAUUAUUCGCCGGUCUCCUUUAAAAAUUCAGAACAACUCAUUAAAUGGAAUUAGAAGAUGCCGCUUAAACUCAACGGAAUAUCACGUCCGCUCGAAACUCUGAUCCAACGGUUGAAAGGGCCAUCCGUACGGAAUCGGAUCGGGACUUGCUUGUCUUUUUAACGCCCGCGGGAAACAACAAUUUGUUUAUAAAUACGUCAAAAUGAAGCUGUUUUAGCUUUUUCCCCUUUUUUUAUUUAUGUAUUUUUUUUUCGUUUCAAAAAAUUCAACGUUCGAUCGUUAUCUUAAGUCACUCGUGUACUCCAUUGUUUCUUGUGAAAUAGUUCCUUGUUUGCUUUUGUGUCUUGUUUUUUCCUUUUGAAACUAAAGUUUCAACCUUCCUGGUUUGGUGAGUACUGUAAAUUCCAGAUCUUUUUUUUAUUGUUUUGAUUGAAUGGACUUGGAAAUGAUCACCUAUUUCUGGGUUUAAUUCGUAUUGUUUAUUAGUGUUUUCUGAAUUCUGGGUUUUUUUCUUUUUCAUGUUUUUAGGUUGCUUAAUGAUAAAGUUCGGAUUUUUUCUUUUUAAUCCUUGUGUUUCUAUGUUUGAUCGGCUACAUCAAGUUUUCAUUUGAAUCGACGUGUUUUUUUUUUUUUUUGGAAAUUUUGAGUUUUGUGCUUUGUGGUUUCCAUGGUUUUGUAUAUGUUAUGAAAUCGUGUGUAUGAACUGUAAAUUAUAUCCAGGCAUAAGAGAAACCUUAAAGAAUUAAUUGUCGUUUUCGUCAUUAAAUUUUCAGUAGUUUAUUCAGAAAUGAAACUCUAAGUGGAGAGCAUCUUAGAAUUGGAUCUAGAUCAAAGUGUAAAUAAAGAAAGUAUUUUUAUCUAAUUUGACUUCGACAAUUUUUUAUUUAUUAUCUUUUAAGAUGGUUGCUUUAGGAUAGAAUAGAAUUGAUUCCACCGGUAAAUUUAGAGAGCUAACAUUUUUAUUCUGUGGUGCAAUGAAAAUCCACUAAAACAAACUUUUUUAAUGUAGUCCUUUUUGUUGCCUUUAUUACAAAGUUAUUCUUAUUUGGGGUUUUGUCUGAAAUGAAAAGAAUAUCUUUCUCAUAACUCCUUUUGGGUUUCUUUUUAGACAAGGUGGUCUUGAUUCUUAACUCAUUAUCAAUAGUGCUUACUUUUUUUAAAGAUAUAUUUGAAGGAGAAGAUGGUCAAGUGUUUGUUUGAAGUUGAUGAUUAUGAAUCAGCAAGAUUCAGAUUUCAUGCAUUGGGUUCUGGGGGGUGACCUGUUUUAUCCUUCCGUAUAUAGUUAUACAAUACAGCAUGAUAAUGGUGAAAUGUAUCAUCACAUGCAUGAUUUUAGAGGUCAUACGGAUACUCAAAGCAGCCAGAUAGAGAAUGAUAAGGUCAUUGCUGGUAUCCUUCAGGAAGAGUUCUCACAUCUCGAUGUAGCAGAAGCUUCUCAAUUUUCUCAUGCUGAUGAACAACAAUUGCAAGCAUCCAGUGGACCUCAUGAUUGGUAUAGUCCAUUAGCAACAAACUACAAUUAUUCAGCCUAUGAAUAUGGCCAGGAUGAAUCUGAUGUUUUGGUGCCACCUAGUUCGUGCUCUAGCGCUAGUGAUUCGGAGGAUUUUUCCAGCUCUUUGGAGCCGACUGAUGGAUAUUAUAUACUAGAUGAUUAUUUAGGCAAGAGGUUGAAUCAAAUGAUUCCUAUUCCUCAUGUCCCUAGAAUCAAUGGCGAAAUACCUUCAAUUGAUGAAGCAAUGUCUGAUCAUGAAAGGUUGUUAAACAGGUUGCAGCUAUACGGUUUUGAUGAGCUCAAGGUCCAAGGAGAUGGUAACUGUCAGUUCCGUGCACUGUCAGAUCAGAUAUAUCGGACACCAGAUAAUCACAAAAAUGUGAGACGUCAAGUUGUAAAUAAGCUUAAAUCCCACUCAGAGGCAUAUGAAGGAUAUGUCCCCAUGGAUUAUGCGGACUAUUUGAAGAAGAUGUCCAAGAGUGGCGAGUGGGGUGAUCAUGUCACAUUGCAAGCGGCUGCAGACUCGUAUGGUGUGAGAAUUUUUGUUCUAACUUCAUUUAAGGAUACUUGUUACAUCGAGAUCAUUCCUAACUUCCAGAAGCCAAAAGGAGUGAUUUUCUUAAGUUUUUGGGCCGAAGUUCACUACAACUCAAUCCACUUUCAAGGAGAUAAAAGGGGAUUGUUUACCAUAGUGUCCUGUGGUAUUUGAACGAAGAUUUUGGACUGAGCUGAUUAAAUGAAGAAUCAUGAUUUCCCCUCAACCGAGGUUCGAAAGAAGAAGAAGUGGUGGAAUUUUGGGAACUAACAGAAUAAAGAUAAGCCCGCUAGCCAGCCAUGCUUCCAUCAUUUUCUUGCUUUGACUCGACUAAAACAGUUCGAUAGCUUGAAGACAUACGUGAGGAAAGUGUUUCCUUUGAACCUUAGAAAUACAUUUUCAUUUCCGAACAAUACACGGGUACCUAAUACUACUAUAAACUAUGAAAAAAAGAAUAAAAGACAGCUCCUGCCUAUGAAUAAGGAAAAUUGUAGCAGAUGUUGAGAUUUGAUCUCUACAUCUGUUGAAAGUCACUUAAGGGUGGCCAUAAAAACCAAGGGGUUAAAUCCAUGGUUCAUUCUUUUUUGUUUUUGGUAUCUUUUUACCAUUUUACCUUUCCUUUGAAUGUUAGCAAUAUGCACAGGUCAUAUUUUGCACACGGGAAAUAAA